UUUUUGUUAUACUACGAUACUGAAAUGCUUAUUUAUAAGUUAAAAGUACAACAAAAUAUUAUGUCACUUUGAUCUCAUCUUAACAUUUCAAGUCAGGUGAUAUUGUUAUCCCUAUUUCAGAGUUGAGGAAACUGAGGGAAACAAACAGAAUUUAAUUGAUUUGCCCAGAGGUACACAGUUAGCCACCCAGGUUUGGGAUCAGAAGUUUCUGCCAGAAGGGAGUCUCACAGAAUAGGAGGUGGGAGGGUCUCUCUCAGCAGAAGCUGGACAAAUAGUGGGCACAUCCUGCCUUGGGUGACUUGCUUUACAGGCCCCAGUGGCUUAGUAUUGAUUGAUAUCUUUGAACAUCAGGAGCUGAAUUUCAGCUUGGAGCAGCUCUGGAUCCUCACUUUUCUCUAAGGGGAACUAAGUGAUCAACUUCUCUCCAUCUUCUUCUCUUACUGAUUUCCAUGCCCAGGGCUUCCAGUUCCCAGAGAAGAGGCGAUCUCUUAUUUUGAGCAGAGGGAAGCACUGUGGAUGCUGGACCAAAAAGGCCCAAGGAGCUGCUCUGCAGGAGAGAUCAGACUUGAAACGAAAGAAACUCCUGCAGAACUAAGCCAUUCUGUGGUAGAAACUCCCAAGCAAUGGUUCAUGGGUGAUGGAUCCUGUGACAAUUUUUGGACAAAAAGCUGUGCAACCCACGAGAGAAUCCAGCUUAGAGAGAGACAUUGUGAAUGUAUCGAAUGUGGAAAAGGUUUUAUAAAAAAGGAAAAUCUUAUUGUACAAUCGAGAAUCCACAUGGGACAGAUACCUUAUGAAUGUAACCAGGGUGGAAAGGCUUUUAGAGAAAAGGUAGUUCUUACUAGACAUCAAAGAAUCCACACUGGAGAGAAACCUUAUAAAUGUAACCAAUGUGGAAAGUCAUUUGGAAGGAAGGGAGAUCUUACUAGACAUCAGAUAAUGCACACUGGAGAGAAGCCUUAUGAAUAUCACCAGUGUGGAAAAGGUUUUAGAAAAAAGGAAUCUCUUUUUUUACACCAGAGAAUCCACACUGGAAAGAAGCCUUAUGAAUGUAACCAGUGUGGAAAAUCAUUUGGAAGCAAGGGAGAUCUUACCAGACAUCAGAUAAUGCACACUGGAGAGAAGCCUUAUGAAUGUAACCAGUGUGGAAAGGCGUUUAUAAAAAAAGAAUCUCUUACUGUACAUCAGAGAAUCCACACUGGAGAGAAACCUUAUGAAUGUAACCAAUGUGAAAAGGAUUUUAGAAGCAAGGGAGCUCUUACUGUACAUCAGAGAAUCCACACUGGAGAGAAACCUUAUAAAUGUAACCACUGUGGAAAUGCUUUUAGAAGCAAGGGAGGUUUUAAUGCACAUCAGAGAAUCCACACUGGAGAGAAACCUUAUGAAUGUAACCACUGUGGAAAGGCUUUUAGAAUCAAGGGAGGUUUUAAUGCACAUCAGAGAAUCCACACUGGAGAGAAACCUUACGAAUGUAACCAAUGUGGAAAAUCAUUUGGAAGCAAGGGAGAACUUACUAGACAUCAGAUAAUACACACUGGAGAGAAACCUUAUGAAUGUAACCACUGUGGAAAGGCUUUUAGAGAAAAGGAGCUCUUACUGCACAUC